UCCUGCUACUUCCUGAAAGCUCUCAACUGGGCCUGCAAGGAGGGAGCACGAGGCUGGCGCCGGGCGGGCCCUGAGUCACGUGAAACUCUGGAGGAAACGUCUCAACAGGAUCGUUAUAUGACAUACACCACAGCCCCAUCCUGAGCCCAGAGCUGUCAGACAUGACAGGAAACGCCACGCCGGUGGCCAGCCCUCUGCCAGGGGCCCUGUUGACUGGCGUAUCUCCCCAGAACUGCACGGUGCCCUUCAACGAGAGCAGGGUGUUCCUGGUGACUGUGUACAGCACCGUGUGCAUGCUGGGCCUGCCAGCCAACUGCCUGACGGCCUGGCUGACGCUGUUGCAGGCGCGCCAGGGCCACGUGCUGGCCGUCUACCUCUUCUGCCUGGCACUGUGCGAGCUGCUGUACACCAGCACCCUGCCACUCUGGGUCGUCUACAUCCAGAACGGGCACCGCUGGCUCCUGGGCCCGCGGGCCUGCAAGGUGACCGCCUACGUCUUUUUCUGCAACCUCUACGUCAGCAUCCUUUUCCUGUGCUGCAUCUCCUGCGACCGCUUCCUGGCAGUGGUAUACGCGCUGGAGACGCGAGGCCGCCGCCACCAGAAGACCGCCAUCCUCGUCUCCGUGUCUGUCUUCGUUUUCGUGGGGCUCGUCCACUACCCGGUGUUUCAGAUGGAGGAGAAGGAAACCUGCUUUGAGACGCUGCCGAUGGACCGCGAGAUCGCCGGGUACUACUACACGCGCUUCGCCGUGGGCUUCGCCAUCCCUCUGUCCGUCAUCGCCUUCACCAACGAGCGCAUCUUCAGGAGCAUCAAGAUGAGCACCGGCCUGAGCGCCGCCCAGAAGGCCAAGGUGAAGCAUCUGGCCGUCGCGGUCGUGGCCAUCUUCCUGCUCUGCUUCACUCCCUACCACCUGGUGCUCCUGGUCAAAGCCAUAGCCUUUUCCUACUACAAAGGAGACAGGGGCCUUGUGUGCACCUUCGAAAUCAAACUGUACACGGUCUCCGUGGUGUUCCUGAGCCUGGCCACGGUGAACAGCGUGGCUGACCCCAUCAUAUACGUGCUGGCCACAAAAGUUUCACGCCAAGAAGUGUCCAGAAUCCACAAGGGGUGGAAAAAGUGGUCCAUGAAGACAGACGUCGCCAAGCUCACGUAUUCGAAGGAUUCACAGGAGGCACGAUCGCCCACAUAGCUCACAAACGGCUACGCCUUCCCCAAGCCUGUCCGCCCACCGGGGCCACCGCCGGGCGCGCGGCCUCGCCAUGCACCCUGGAGGGCCUGACCGAGGGGGUCCUGCUGAACCCAGCGUGGGAGUCCAGGGCCGAUCACUCGGCUUCCCACGGAGCCUGCCUGCCAGCGUCCACAGCGCUGGCUGUGGAGCCCCCUCUGGACGACACGCCACAGAUUUCUCGUUCCUGGAGCUUCUGCCCCUUGUGGGUCCCAGCCCUGCAGGCUUUUCCACUGGGAGCAGAAGCCCCACAAGGGAGGUGGCAGCACGCCGAGGGUAAGGGCGAGUCUGCCAGCUGCAGGGGGAGCCCGUGGCAGGCAGGAGGGCUUGUUCUGCUUGGCGCUCUCGGCUAUUAGCGCACUGCAGGGUCGCAGGCAGAGGCCGUGUGGCCACAUGGUGCUGCCAGCAGCUGGCACAGGCCCUGCGGGCGGUAGGUGCCUGUCAGCCUCCGCGUGAUGGCUUUAUUUUCCGCGCUUUUCUGCAAGCGUUGCUUGGAUGACCGUGAUAGUACAUGGCGGGGCCUUUGUUCUUCUGCCCCAGAUUGUCAGUGCAAGCCCUGCCCCUUCCUGAGGUGGCUGCUUACGGGGACUUGGCUGGGGCCUCGGCUGGGGCCUCUCUGUGCUGCAGACCCUGAGGGGAGCCGGGGGGCGGGGUGCACCCACAUGGCCUCCGGAGGGAGCCCCAGGUGCUCGUGGCAGGAAUGCCCAUCAGCCGGGAGGGCCGGGGGACACCCCAGGCAGGGUGACACUCCGCCAACGGGCUCCGAGGACGGCGGUAAGUCCUCCGCACCGAGGCUUCCCAGCUCCGCUGUCGGGGAGAAGCCGCCGAGGGCCAGGCCAGGUCACAGCGCUACCUCCGUUCCCGCAUCCGUGACAGGGGCCAGUGACACCUACCUCAGCGGGUCGGCAUUGGGGGCUGACCACACCCACCGCUUAUGUUCGCAUUUCCCUAAGGCAGCAGCGCUGGAUGUUCUUCAUUGUGAGAGGCCCUGAGAGGAUAUGUGAUUUAGAAAAUACGUUUAGAAAUAAAAAUGCAAGAAUACACGUCGGUGCCAACUUCCUAACCUGGGGUAAUAUCAUUUUACCUUCUCAGGCAAACGUUUCCCUCUAGGCACCUCUUGGAGGGCCAAGCCCUGGGGGAGGGGCGUGCGCCUGGGCUCUCCAGGUGAUGGGCCGGCUUCCAGGAACAGUCUGGAUUAUUCAGGGCCGGGAUCACAGGACGUUUCGACAACAUCUGACGUAUGACUUCCCGGGGCUGCUGUAACUAAUUACUGCAAACCGGGGGGCGUAAAGCAAACAGGAUUCUCUCAGCCUUCUGGGGGUUGGAGGUCGGAGAUCAAGGCGUGGGCAGGGCUCCUUCUGGCGAAUCUCAGGCAGCGGGUUCCAUGCCUUGCUCUUGGCCUCUGGCGCUGCCGUGCCCCCCCACCCCGGGUUCACCCCCCUCUCUGUCUCUUUGGACUUAGGGCUCCCCUGGAUAAUCCAGGGUGAGCUCAGCGCUGCAUCCUUAGCCAAAGCCUAUUUCCAAAUAAGGCCCCGCCCCCAGAUUCCGGGGAGUAGGACGAGACGGAUCCUUCCGGAGGCCACCAGUCUAUCCACUACAAAUGGCAGGAAGGAGCGAGAACCAUGCUCUGUGGCUCCCAGGGGAGGAGUGGCCCCCAGACUCACUGCCCACUCCUCGUCACUCCGCACCUGUCACCGUCCACUUGGCGGUGACCAUGACAAACGUGGGGAAGACACGGUUACCGGGCGAGCACCCCACGACUGUGCUCUGGCCUCCCAGUUGCUGCGAAAAUCUGCUGUACAAAAAAAAAGAAUGAUGGUAGAGUCUCUCUAUCUUUUUCAUUAAUACCCUUUCUUGGCAGCCUCAUGCCGCUUCCUUGCCAGUUUUAGGAAAAGUUCCUGGCAUCCGAAAUCCCAGCCUGGGGCCCUCCCUCCAGCCCCCUCACCUGGCAAACCGCUCCCCAGGACCGUCCUUGCACCCUAGCCUCUCGGGCAGCGUCACUGGCCCCGGGGUUUCGGCAUCUUACGCCUCAAUUUCAGUCACGGAGGUAAAGCUCGUGCUCCCACCGAGGGGAGCAGCAGGGCCUUGUGAGCAGGGUCCCCACCUCUCCGUCCAUGAGAGUCCGGGGCUGCCAAAACAAAUGACUGCAAACCAGGACGAAAGGCCUUAAAGCAACAGGAAUUUACCCUUUCACAGCUCCAAGGCCCCGAGUCCAAAAUCAAGGUGUCGGCAGAGCCGCACUCCCUCCAGAGGCUCCAGGGGACAGUCCUUCCUGCCGUUUCAGCCUCUGGUGGCUCUAGGGGUCCCUGGGCUUGUGGCUGCAUCACCCCAAUCUCUGCUUCUGUCUUCACGUGCCCCCUUUUGUGUCCCUCCGGGUUGCCCCUUCCAUCUCAAGGCCGCGUGGUGGGCCCCAGGGGCCGUCUGGACGCCCGGCGCUGGCCCUGCCUGGUCCGCAGUCAUCCUGGCCCAGCAGCUCUGUGGCGGGGCACUGCUUUCUGUCCGCUCUCCCCAGGGAGCUCAGAGCCAGCCUCGCCCGCACCAGGGUGCCCAGGCUGUGCAAGGUGCAGGGGAAUCGGAUGCGAGCUGGUUGAGAACUGUGCCCGAUGGGUCCGCACCCUCCACCCUCAGGCCGUGGGGCUUCAUCCACACUGGCCCGGGGGUAGCGGGUGCGUGAGCCUUAGCGGUGGGCCCGGCCUGUCCACCCUUCCCCUCCUCUCUCCC